CCUUCUUGUUGUCUCCCUUGUCGUGUUGUCAACUCCUUGUCUCAUUAACGAGCAAGGCUUCAAACCAAAAUUGUAGUUAACAAGGACAAAAAGGGAUUUGGAAGUAUCCUCUCCCCCCCUUAAACAAGAACAAAUACUGGCCUUUUGUUUUGGUGGGGCAUGUUUGGAUCGGGAAUAAGAAGCCCACCCCCAUUAUUCCUUCCCUCUCCAAAUCCCGACAAAAACCAAACCAAGAGAGAGAAAGGAACAAGGACACGACAAAAACCCUCUUAGAGAGAAAGUAAGAAUUCACGCAGAGAAGACAAAACCCUCCGAGAUAAAGCUAGAGAGAGAAAGAGAGACGACAAAACCCACCUAGAGAGAGAAACAAUAACAAUAAGCCUUUUCUCUCGUAAAUUCCAUAUUCCUCUGCGUCCCGAACGACACCAAGACGAUCCAGACAAAACGCCUCUCCCCUUCCUUCUUCCCCCUGUCCUCUUCCUCCAUUACUGCUCUUUUUCUUUUUUUUAAAUUAAAACCAAUUGAAGGAGAAAACCCUUCUCCCCAUUUUAAAGCCCCUCUUCACCUCAAAACCCUAAAACCAGAAAGAGAGAGAAAAACCAUAGAGAGGGAACCGAGAGAGAGAGGUUUUGUUUUCAUGGCUGGGAUAGCACAGGACGACGGGUCGUCCUCUGUAUCUUCCUCGCCCCUGCAAAUUUUCUCUCUCAUGUCGAUUUCGCCGGGCUUGGGCUCCCCAUACGCUUGGCUCCGCAAGCUGAAAUCGGAGGAGCGCGGCCUCUGCCUCAUACAGUUGCUGCUGUCGUGCGCCACCCAUGUCGCCACCGGCAGCAUCGACAACGCCAAUCUGUGCCUCGACCACAUCUCGCUGCUCGCUUCGCCUGACGGCGACUCCAUGCAGCGGGUCUCUGCGUAUUUUACAGAGGCCCUGGCUGCCCGCGCCCUCAAGGUCGCAUGGCCCGGCCUCUACAAAGCCCUCCAUGCCACCAACCUCCCCCAGCCGCUGCCCCACGCCCGCCGCCUCUUCUUCGAUCUCUGCCCCUUUUUGAAGCUUGCCUUUCUUUUGGCUAACCAGGCGAUUCUCGAGGCCAUGGAAGGGGAGAAGAUGAUCCAUGUCAUCGAUUUGAAUGCGACUGAGCCUGCGCAGUGGCUCGCAUUUUUGCAGGCGCUGAGCCUGCGGCCUGGGGGGCCUCCUCACGUCCGCAUAACCGGCGUCAACGAUAGCAAAGAGGUGCUCGACCACACCGCUUCGCGUCUGGCCGAGGAGGCGGAGAGGCUCGAUGUGCCAUUUCAAUUUAACCCUGUUGUGGCCACUCUCGAGUCGCUGGACCCCGACGCAUUGCGAAUCAAGUCCGGCGAGGCCUUGGCCGUGUGCUCUGUGCUGCAGCUCCACGCGUUGCUCGCACCACCCCCUCGUGGGUGCGGGGACGAGGCCUCACCUCUUGGUGUGCGCAGGCCAAGGCAGCAGGGGACUCUCGGAGAGUUGCUCCAAAAGGAGCAACACCACCCAUUCGGGCAGAGCCCCACCACCGAAUCAAGCACCACAACCUCUCUCUAUACCCAAACCAGGGUCGAAGGGCUUCUGGCCUUCCUUCGAGCCGCAUCGCCUAAGAUCAUGGUGCUAGUGGAGCAAGAAGCGAGCCACAACGGAGCCACUCUGGUGGAAAGGGUGGUCGAGGCCCUGCAUUUUUACGGGGCGUUGUUCGAUUGCUUGGAAUCAACGGUGGGGCGAGCAUCGCCAGAGCGCCGUAGGGUCGAGAAACACUUAUUUGGGGAGGAGAUAAAGGACAUAGUUGGGUGUGAGGGAGCUGAGAGGAAAGAGAGGCAUGAGAGGCUAGAGAGAUGGGUAGGGAGGUUGGAGGGGUGUGGGCUCGUCAGGGCUCCAUUGAGUUAUGUGGGUGUGGGUCAAGCCAGAAGAGCUGUUCAGGCCUGGGGUUGUGAGGGUUAUGGUGUGAGAGAGGAGGGGGGCUGUGUGCUCAUGUGUUGGCAAGAUAGGCCUCUUUUCUCUGUUUCCUCAUGGAGAUGUUGAUAAUGGUGGUGGUUAAGGUGGUGUAUUGUAAAGAGUGAGGACUGUGUUAUUACUCUGAUAAAAGAAGAAACAAAAAUGAAAGAUGGGUUUUUUUUUGUC